AUGAAUUUUAAAGAUUUGUUUGAAGCUAAAAGGGUUAUGGGAUUCUAUGCAGUUGCUAAUAAGGUUGGUCUUAAAGUAAAACAAUCGGACACUACUAGACUUAGAUAUGUAUGUGAUACUGGAUGCCCUUUUGUGUGCUUGAUAUCUAAGGAUAAUAAAGAUCAAGGAUUUAAAAUCAAGACUUUGGAGACAAAACAUAAAUGUGAUCCAACAUUUCAUAAUAGAAGAGCUACUCCUGAUGUUUUAACACAUUAUUUCAAAAACAAAGUCCAAAAUGAUCCUAAGUACAAGAUCAAACAAAUGAGGAUGGACGUGGAUCAGAAAUUUAAACUGAAUAUUAGUUAUUCUAAGAUGAAGAGAGUUAAGAAACUUGUCUUAGAGGAAUUAGAGGGCAGCUUCAUUGAUGAUUUCAAUAGGUUAGAGGCUUAUGCUCAAGAAUUGAGGGAUAGUAAUCCUGGUACAGAUGUGGUUAUAAACAUAUCAAAAAAUGCUUUGACAGAAGGAAAAAGGAGAUUUUUGAGAAUGUAUGUGUGA